CUGCGCGGGAUCGGGAGUGCGCGCCCAGAGCCUGCGCGGAACCCACCCUGGCCCGCUCCCCGCGCCCUCUCUGGGUAACGGCCCCCUCUCCCGGUGCUCAGAAACCGGCGGUGUCAACAGGUGGCUCGCUUGGCCUCCUGUCUGCAAGCCUUUCUCCUAGAGGUCUGUACCUCCUGGCGAACCAUGGGAGACCUGCCGCCGUACCCUGAGCGCCCUGCUCAGCAGCCCCCGGGCCGGAGGACUUCUCAGGCCUCCCGGAGGCGGCGCAGUCGGGACCCAGCUCGGGCCCUGGCAGCGGACCCCGAGGAGGGGCAGCAGAUACCUCCAGACGCCCAGCGAAACGCCGCGGGUUGGUCACAGAGGGGCAGCCUGUCCCAACAGGAGAACUUGCUGAUGCCCCACGCCUUCCAGGCUGAGGAAGCCCGGAUGGGUGGCAUGGAGUACCCAUCCGAGAACACGGGUUUUCCCUCAGAGUUCCAGCCCCAGCCUUACUCUGAUGAAAGCAGGAUGCAGGCCGCCGAGCUCACCACCAGCCUAAUGCUGCAGCAGCUCCAGCAGGGCCAAAGCAGCCUGUUCCGGCAACUGGACCCCACCUUCCAGGAGCCCCCAGUCAACCCCUUGGGCCAGUUCAACCUCUACCAGACAGACCAGUUCUCCGAAGGUGCCCAGCACGGGCCCUACAUAAGGGAUGACCCUGCCCUUCAGUUCUCACCCUCUGAGCUGGGCUUCCCACACUACAGUGCCGAGGUGCCUGAGCCUGAGCCUCUGGAGCUGGCCGUGCAGAACGCCAAGGCCUACCUGCUGCAGACCAGCAUCAAUUGCGACCUCAGCCUGUACCAGCACCUGGUGAAUCUGCUGACCAAGAUCCUGAACCAGCGGCCCGAGGACCCCUUGUCUGUCCUGGAGUCUCUGAACCGCACCACGCAGUGGGAGUGGUUCCACCCCAAGCUGGACACGCUGCGGGACGACCCCGAGAUGCAGCCCACCUACAAGAUGGCAGAGAAACAGAAGGCACUGUUCACCCGGAGCGGAGGCGGCACUGAAGGCGAACAGGAGAUGGAGGAGGAAGUGGGGGAGACACCAGUGCCCAACAUCAUGGAGACUGCCUUCUACUUCGAGCAGGCCGGCAUCGGCCUGAGCUCAGACGAGAGCUUCCGCAUUUUCCUGGCCAUGAAACAGCUGGUGGAGCAGCAGCCCAUCCACACCUGUCGCUUCUGGGGCAAGAUCCUGGGAAUCAACCGCAGCUACCUGGUGGCCGAGGUGGAAUUACGGGAGGGCGAGGAGGAGGCAGAGGAGGAGGAGGAGGUGGAGGAGAUGACGGAAGGUGGCGAGGUCAUGGAGGCGCACGGCGAGGAGGAGGGCGAGGAGGACGAGGAGAAGGCCGUGGACAUCGUCCCUAAGCCCGUAUGGAAGCCGCCACCCGUGAUCCCCAAGGAGGAGAGCCGCUCAGGCGCCAACAAGUACCUGUACUUUGUGUGCAACGAGCCGGGCCUGCCGUGGACGCGGCUGCCCCACGUCACUCCGGCCCAGAUUGUAAACGCCCGAAAGAUCAAGAAGUUCUUCACAGGCUACCUGGACACGCCGGUCGUCAGCUACCCGCCCUUCCCGGGCAACGAGGCCAACUACCUGCGGGCCCAGAUCGCCCGCAUCUCGGCCGCUACGCAGGUCAGCCCGCUGGGCUUCUACCAGUUUAGCGAGGAGGAGGGCGACGAGGAGGAGGAAGGUGGUGCUGGGCGUGACUCCUACGAGGAGAACCCCGACUUCGAGGGCAUCCCCGUGCUGGAGCUGGUCGACUCCAUGGCCAACUGGGUGCAUCACACACAGCACAUCCUGCCGCAGGGCCGCUGCACUUGGGUGAACCCUUUGCAGAAGACAGACGAGGAGGAGGAGGACCUGGAGGAGGAGGAAGAGAAGGCAGAUGAGGGGCCAGAGGAGGUGGAGCAGGAGGUUGGUCCCCCACUGCUAACGCCACUUUCGGAAGAUGCAGAAAUCAUGCACCUGGCACCCUGGACCACCCGCCUGUCCUGCAGCCUCUGCCCGCAGUACUCAGUGGCCGUUGUGCGUUCCAACCUCUGGCCCGGGGCCUAUGCCUAUGCCAGUGGCAAAAAGUUUGAGAACAUCUACAUCGGCUGGGGUCACAAGUACAGCCCCGAGAGCUUCAACCCGGCCCUGCCAGCCCCCAUUCAACAAGAGUACCCCAGUGGCCCAGAGGUCAUGGAGAUGAGUGACCCCACAGUGGAAGAGGAGCAGGCUCUGAAAGCAGCCCAGGAGCAAGCCCUGGGAACCACAGAGGAGGAGGAGGAGGGCGAGGAAGAGGAGGAGGAGGGCGAGGAGACAGAUGACUGAGGCCUGCCCUCUAGCCAUUUUCCCCAAGCAGGUAGAUAGCAAAUUUCCCCUUAAAGGUAGUUAGCAUGGAUUAUAUUUUCACUAUUUGCUUCCUGUCCCCAGAGGGCAGGCAUAGAAAAGGAAGGCAACUGCUUCAAAUAAAAUUCCUGCACGGCA